GUCAACGUCAAUCCUUGUGGACUCACUGCGGCAGCGUUUCGCCAAUGCAGCGGUAUGUUGUUAGUGGGCUCAGCUCGUAAAUGUGGGUCAUUGAUCUAAAUGACAUAUUUAUGUUCAUAAAAAAAUGGAGACAGGAAGUGGGACUUAUUUUAAUUAAUUUGAUUGGGGGAACGAUUUCUUCUCAAAGUGAUGGGGAUUAUAACACGCGUUUCCAAAUGAUUUAAGUCUUACAGUAAACAUGUAAGUGUGCCACCCAGUACGCCACCUAUAAUUCGAGCUUUAGUAUGACCUUUGGAGCAACCCCCCCCCCCAAAUUAACUGAUUAACUGUCACUUUUAAGCUUUGUGCACCUUGCAUUCAAAAUUGGUAGUUUAAUUUUUCCCAGAACCACAAAUCUGGGUCCAUUUGAAUAUCAGAAGUCACUUUAGUAGGACCUUUGGAGCAACCCCCCCCCCCCAAAUUAACUGAUUAACUGUCACUUUUAAGCUUUGUGCACCUUGCAUUCAAAAUUGGUAGUUUAAUUUUUCCCAGAACCACAAAUCUGGGUCCAUUUGAAUAUCAGAAGUCCCGUGCAUCAGAUGACAUUUGCAAGACUCACGUGACAGCCCUGUCUAUACUAUGGGCCUAAUAAAUCAGUUCUGACGAAGAAAAGUUCCCCCACCCCCCUCCCUUUUCAUAUUAAUAUUUAGGGGAACCUUAGUUCUGAUUCUUUCAAUAUUUUUUUUUUUUACCCUUUAAAUUUUAAUUUGGAUGAAAAUAAGUAUUAAGUACGGAGUUUUAGAACAUAAUUCUUACGGAGAUCUUCGGAGAAACCGUAUCCGGAAAUUUGUUUGAAAGAAAUUUCAUCGACGGAAAAUUGAACGACGGAACGCAUACUUUUGUCUUACUCUAUAGUAUAGCAGAUAUAUUUCAAAGAGAAAUGUGACGCAAAAUUUGAUCGUGUCAACUGAAAAGAAAAUUCGACCAAACUUCCGUCAAUCAAUUUUCCGUCAACGAAAUUUCUUUCAAACAAAUUUUCGGUAACCCUAAUUAGUAUAAUAGUGAACUAGUUCAAUUCAUAAUGUACUCUGCUACCCAGUAUAGAAUGUUUUAGUAAUUUUUUUUUUUUUUUUUUUUUUAAAGUGUUUGAUAUUACCUUAAUCCAUCGAUAAUAAAAAGAUUUAUUGGAAAGAAUCGUAAAACAGCAUAAAAAAAAAACAUUUUUUUUUAAAUUUUUAANCGCUUGGGAACACCACGUGUUGUAGACAUCUUUUUUUAAUUUUUUUUUUUUUUUUUUUUUUUUAAAGCGUUAGAUAUUACCGUAAUCCAUCGAUAAUGAAAAGAUUUAUUGGAAAGAAUCGUGAAACAGCUUAACAAAGAAACAUUUUUUUUUAAAUUUGUCUACACAGCUAUUCCAUGACCAGAUGGACUUUGUUCACGUCCAGAUUCCGUAUGAGAGUCAUUCACUGGCCGACAUCUUCUCGCUGAUGGAGUCCACCAAGAAACACCUCAAGGUGCUCAUUGAUUCCCUUGGACAACGUUCACCAAUCGAAAUAGCCAAACAUCAAAGUGACGUGAAUAAUUAAGGAGGCACACGGGUCAAAAAAUAUAUAUUAUAUUAUAUGUUCCUUAAUUUAUGAAAACAAAAUCUUAGUACAUACGAACAAUACACAAAUAGACACACAAAACAAGGAAGAGAUUAUUUUUGUAUUUUAUUAUUUUUUAAAUUUUACUGCAUAAAUGUUAUAAUUUUAUACCAAUUUGACGGUUAAGCAAAAAUUAUUACAACUAAUUUGUUUUUCAAUAUCAUAAUGAUGCAAUUUUGCGUACACACUAGAAAUAACAAUGAUAAUGCAAUGUAAGAACUUUAUUGGAUAACAAGGGGAGAGACUGCAAUCAGGUUAGCCUAUUAGGAAAUGAGUGAAACAAAAUAAGGUUAAACCUGAAAAAAGGAAGGCAAUAAAACAAAGAACGUGUCGGCGGGAAGCUUUCAACGGCGAACAAACGACAGAAAAAAACAGAAUAAAAUUGUUUAUAAUGUAUAUAAUAAAAAUAUAUAGCACUUAGCUGAGAAGUAGUGUCCGAGAGGGCGCCAAAAGAAUGGUGACAGAAAAUAAGGGGGUAAGAGAUAAAAUUGGUAAGAACGCAAGAAAAGAGGAGAAGUUAGUCCACUGUGGUGGGUCGUGACGUGGAGCUAGGCUCAAGCUGUGAAUAGAGACAUGACGUUCAUGCCAUGUGGUGUCAAAGUGUCAUAAGUCAGAAUAAGCUUGUGUUCCAAAGUCACCCGGCUGGGUGUAUUCGUGCUAGUCAGAAGUUUAUUGCAUCACAGUUAUUGGAGGUACUACAAAUGACAUAAAGUUGGGGUCACACGAAAAUUACUUUUUUUUUUUGUUAUUGUUGUUUUUGUGUGUGUUUAUAGUAUUUGCAAGUCGUUUCGAAUCAUAGUUUAAGCAUUUAUGCUUUCCCACGACCAAGCAGCCCUGAUAUCGAUUGGCAUUGUGUAUCGACUUGAUUGCACUAGUACCCUCAUCUGACACAAUGCUACGAUAUGGUAAGCUAUGUUUCGGAACUGACCUGUAUUGCAUCGGCGGCUUGUAGCUCCACGCUGCCGCUAGACCUUGCGUGGUUGACUUCACAUGAUAGCUUCUGACGUUCCAUUCAGGACAUAUAUUUUGCUUCACUGUCUUCCUGCGUCUUCUUACCAGGGCCUGAAUACUUUCUGUAAACAUUUGAAAGGCGUUUGAAGUCAACAGCAAGGCUGGUUCUAUGAUCGAUAACCACAGCCAUUGCCAGAUUUGGAGAUGACCACAUGACACGUCAAUGUCUACAACCUCUUUGUGGUUUUGUUCUCCAUCAUCUUAUCCUUGUAGGUCGGUGGCGAUUUAUGAGGGUGGCAGCAUGCUGGUCGAAUGUCUUCUGGUCAAUGUUAGGAACAUUAAUUAAUUUUUUUUUAAACUUCCUCAUAUCAGCAUGUCCAAAUCCAGUCACCCAUGAUGCUGGCACAGCUCUUUCGUUGACAUCGAAGGUUUUGCCAGGGCAUAAAACUGACAGAUGUGAUGCGAUGACAAAAUCACAUAGUUGCCAAGUACUUUUAACAAUAGAUCCGGCCCUAAAAGUUUCUUUUCAUAACUAUGAAUGAUGAAAUGUCACGCCUGGCAUUCCGUGAAAGAAAACUUUAGAAAAAUUGAUCGGAAGGCAUCUGACCCCAAUAAUAAAUGAGACACAGAAACCUAAGGUAUGCUGGUACCAAGACUCACAAGAAUGAGGCUUGGUCUUCGAAGCAGAUGAUGCCAAAGAUUAAUCAGAUCUUGAAGAUGUUGGUUAAGCUGGUGGUCAAGCGUGACCCCAGUGUUCUUUUCCAGAUUUGUCAGUCUAGCCACUUCCUUUUCUUUGAUUUCUUAGUCAUGGUUGCCCGGAUUUUCUCUUUUUACCAAACAAAAUAAUUUUAGUUUUUAUAUAAUUUAGAUAACAAAACAUCAUAAUAAGACGUAAGCAAAGAUAGUACUGGUAAAAGAUAUUGUGAAAUAAACAAAUAGAGUGGUAACAUUUCUUUUUUUUUAAUGAAUUAAGAAACCAUAGGCUUAUUCAAUUAAUUCAUUUAUUGACAUGCAUUUUGAUUUAUGACGAUAUGUUGUCAUUGACAACGAAAUGAAAAUUUUAAGUAUCGAACCAAAUUAGUCACGUGUACGGACACAAAAUGUAAAUAAAAUGUCGGGUCGGGACAUGGGGAUGAAGAGGCAGUAGUGCUACAUUAACCAUGGUGCAACUAUUGAAGGUUUUUUUCCCCUUACAUUUUUUUGUGGGAGGGGCUGUUAAUCCGGCUCUUUGAGGAGAAUGUAUAAAUACCCGGAAGCUGUAACAUUAACAAUUUAUAAGUUAGCACAUUGUGUUUGAAAUAAGGAGAUGGGGAUCGGUGUAACAUUUUCAGAAAUACCAUGUGGUACCGGUGGGCAGGUGAUAACGGUUUUGAGACUGGGGUUUUUUUAAUAAUUUUUUUUAUAGUUAUUUACUUGAGUUACAACUCACAACAUCUCAAAGUAAAUGAGUCUGUAACCCAAUAAGGUUUAUCAGAAAAGUGGAGCUUACAAUUCAUUGACACUGCAGAUGUUGUUUUUUUAAAAUGAAAUAUAUUUAUUUAUUCAUAGUAUUUUGUUAAAUUGAUCCAACUCUUCUCCCUUAUCUUUAGAUUCGAGACUACACUCUCGGACACACCAAGCUGAAUCACGUGAUGUAUGCAUUCGAGAAAGCCUUAAAGGAAAGCCAUGAUAUUGUGCUGGACAAAUAUAAUAGCUCUGCUGAGAACUUUAAGAAAUGCGCGAACGAAAAUGUCAAAAUGGGGAGGGAGUGUAAUGAAAGCAGUGAGCGCGUGGGUUAA